AUGGAUAAUAAAAAUCCUAAUAAACGUAACGCGACUCUUGAUAAUUUCUUUAUAUCUAGUAAAAAACCUCGAGAUGAAAAUAAUAGUCCUAACGGCACUUCAAUUUCUCCAUGCUCAUCAAGCUCUUCACCAUCUUCUUCUUCAACCACAACGAACGUUUUAGUUCCCUCAUCUCUAUCCAACGAAUGUUUAACAGUUGUUGGCACGUCUAGCGCCACAAAUUCAUCUUUAAAUACUGAAAUCUCAUCACCAAAAUCUUCAUCAAAGGGUUGUCCAGCUGAUAUUAGCCAGAGAAGCCAAGAUUUACCUGUACAACCUCGUUUAACAGUUUAUCCAACAGAUAAUGAAAAUAGAUCAUUUCAAGUAAGAUGUUCAAACAAUCGUGGUAAUUUGAUCGAAAUAUUGAAGUGGUCUGCUAAAACUGAUCCAUUAGCUAAGGCUGUGUUGGAAGAAAGUGCAGGCAACGCAACAUAUCUAUCACAUCAAAUUCAAAAUGAAUUGUUAAGUAUUAUGGCGAAUCAAAUACGCGAUAAUAUUGCUAAAAAAUUAAAUGGAAAUGUAUACGUGUUACUAGCUGAUGAAGCAACAGAUGUCAGUCCCAAUAAACAAUUAUCUAUUUGUCUUCGUGCAGUUGAUGAUCAAAAUCAGAUUAAAGAAUACUUGAUGGGAUUUGUUCGUCUUUGUCGAUUUAAUGCUGCUACUCAAGCAAAAGAAAUAAGUGAUUUCUUGAUCAAACACAAUAUUCAUUUCUCAAUGUGUAUAGCUCAACGCUAUGAUGGAUAUGACUUCAACAUUAAAAAAUGGGCAAAUACACGAUGGGAUUCAAGAUUUAAAUCGAUAGAUUCAAUUAAAAGUAAUUAUUCAGCAGUUCUUGAAGCAUUACGAGAUUUGAUACAUGAUGGAGGUAAUCGUGCAGUGGAUGCAAGAGGAGUAUGCACUGAUCUUGGUAGUACACACAAUCUCAUCAUAAUAAUCUGUGAACAACUAAAUCUUAUGAGAAAUGAAAGUUCAUUUAAAGAAUUGUUUCAACAGGCUAUAAUUUUUGGGAAUGAAAAUGGUAUUGAUAUAAAUGGACUAGUUCGAACGAGGCGUCAGAAAUCAAUUCCAUCACGUUUUAAAGACUGUAUUAUUACAACAUCAGCGGGACAUCGAGAUUAUAAUAAUAGUGAAGAGAACUUUCGAGUGACUAUGUACCUUCCAACAAUUGAUUCUAUACUGGUCGCAUUAAAUGAACGGUUCUCUUGUCAUAACUUACAAAUAGCAAAGAGCAUCACAUCUUUAUCACCAAACAAUGGAAAUUUUUUGGAUAUUGAAACAUUACAACCAUUAAUUGAUCAUUUAUCAUUGGAAAAAAAAACAUUAUAA